UCAAAGAAUCAGAUUUCAUGGACAAAAAGCUCUUGGAAAAAGGGGGCGAAAUGAGAAACAGACUUGGGUGGAAGGAGAUGCGGGGGGGGCCUGAGGCCGGGUUUCGGAUGUCGGCGGAUUGAGGGAGGGAGGCAGUGCGCUCCUACACACACUCGGGAGCUCGAGUGUGACGGAACCCCUCCAAGUUUCACACAAAGGAAAGGAUGGACUCGGGGUGCGAGGAGACGCCGCACGGUGUGUCGUGGACCUGAGACGCGGCCACACAGGGAAGGAGACACCCGAGCGGGACGCGGCUGUGCUCGAAGCCGAGUCAACUUCAGCGUGUCGGCAUUUCUUCGACGUCUGGAUUUCGGCGAAAGCAGCUGAGCUUGCAUAUUUUCGGGGAGGAAAUCGAGGAGAAGAAGCGAAGCGAAGCGAAGCCCGGCCGGACUCCGAGAGCGUCGGACGCCGCACCUCCAGGACGGACUGAGUGACGAGCCGCGGUCCUCAAAGUGAACGUUUAUUUUUCGCCUCAGGAAUAUAAACGCAUUCAAAAGUAAACGGUCUGUUUUUAGAGCGGCCGAACCUACAGGUAUUCAACAGGCGUAGGGGGGUUGAAACAAUGGAAGUUGGGUUUUGUGCUAAGGUGAAGGAAAGGCAGAGUUUCGGAGGAACCUGAUUGCUUUUGUACUUUUUUUUUUUCCUUUUUUUUUGCGGGGACUGAGAAGCGCAGCCCGCAGCGAACACCCGGUAACCCGGAGAGUACUACGGGUUACGUUCCCCUCCGGGGGCUGAAACUAAACUAAAGAAUGACAGUUUUAUAAUGAAUAAUUAAGGGAGAGUGCCUUUAUUGACGGCGCUCGGGAGCGAGCGCAGUGCUGCCCUGCGCGCCGCUGGGGCUCCGCUCGUUCCACACGCGCCUCAGCUCAGUGAUUUAGAGGCUCUGCAGUUGGUCGGCUCGCGCGCGCGCUCGCUCGCUCGCGCUCUCCCCCACAGGCCCGCAGUGGCGAGAGCGCUUCCACUCGUCCCCGCACUUUUAACUCUGCCCUGCCGCGCACUUGCUCCGCUUGGAUUAAACCGUUGUUUGAUGGCGUUUUACAUGCUCGCGAGAGGUUUCCACGGCCGUUACAGUCGCGGGGGGCAGCUAGAAGGUGUCCUGGCGGAACGCUGCAGUUUGCUCGCGAGCGCUUUCGCAAGUUGCGGUCCUGAGCGGGACGCGGACGCAGCGAUUGGCGGGACGGGCAGCUGCAGCGGGCACCUCCGGACCGGGCACCUCCUCGGAGACCACCUCCCGCGGGCUUUGAUGACCGCACCGGGCAUCUGAAUCUCUUGUUAUCACGUCACGCGAGGACCCGAAACGGCACCACGCGGCACAGGUAUGCAGCUGAACCGGCCGAGGAGCGCCGUGAUGAGCCUCAGCCCGCCGCUGCUGCCCCCGGAGCCGCAGAGCUCCUUCUCGAGCCAGUUCAGGACCAUGCGCUUCUCCUACCACAUCGCAGGCGGCGGCGGCGCGCCGAGCCCCCAGCCGCCGCUGCGCCGCAUCGGCUCCUCCUCCUCCAGUCCCAGGCUGCUCACCAAGAGCCUCUCCCUGGAGCCUGGCCCCUGUGUUGGGAGCCACGAGACCCCCCAGCGUCUCUGCUCUGACCCGGGACCACUGGGACCUCGUCACUGCAAUGGCACCCCUGAGAAGGGCCUCCCGGAGAUAACUGCACCCACGCCCAAGACACGCCCACCCCUUCCAGGCCCGAAACCACAAGUCCCCCCAAAGCCACCUCAUUUGCAAAGUGGGCGUCGACCGAGAGCCCCGGACAAGCCCCUUCCACCACCACCCCCUUCAAGGCCUCUCCCAGCAGACCCACGCUCCACCCGUUCUUCCCUGACCCGUGGAGAGGGGACUGUGUCUCCUUCCUGUGUGCUCUCUCUAAUUGAGAAAUUUGAGAGAGAGCAGAUAAUUGUGGUGCCAGAUAUCACCGGGGGGGCACUGUGUACUCCGAGAGUCCCAGAGCCACAGUCAGGAGCAGGAGUGGCUGCCUCCGUCGCACCGGAACCUUCCCUGCCCAGCCCCGAGCCUCAGGAGGUCCAGUCCGUGGCGCUGCAGGCAGCCGAUGAAGCAGAGGAGGGCGAUGCUGACAGAGAAAGGGAGGGUGGAGAGGACAGGCAGGAGGAACAGGACUUGGGGGCAUCGUGCUCAGAGAGGCGGCUCUCUCUGGAGUCUGGCUACAGCCUCUCCGACAAGCUACUUGACGCGCUGGAGAUGAGAGACCUGCUGGCCAGUCAGUCGGGCAUUCCCUCCGAGCGCCUGUCCCUUCCCCCACCGCAGACGGACGGCAAACUGGCCAACAGGGACAGUGGCAUCGAUAGCAUCAGCUCGCCAUCUCACAGCGAGGAGCUCUGCUUCGGUGGGGACGAGGAGCGGGCAGGACACGGGAGGGAGGUGUGCCCUUGCAGCCCUGCCCAGCCCCUCCCCACCCUUUCCUCUGUCCACUCCUGUAGCUGCACGGAGGGGCCAGAGGGCGAAGGGGCAGCCUCUGCAGAAGGGGGAAGGGACUCAGAGGGGGACAGUGAUAUGGAGGAGGGAAGUGGAGAUGAAAGUGAGCUGACCCCCACAACAUUACAACCCCUCGCCCUGCCCAAGACUGAAAGGCAGGACUCCUCGGAGCAGCUGUCUGUCCAGCAGAGGGUCUUCAACAUCGCCAAUGAGCUGCUGCACACGGAGAAAGCCUACGUGUCCAGGCUGCACCUCCUGGACCAGGUGUUCUGCUCCCAGCUAAUGGAGGAGGCACGCCUGCGUGGCUCCUUCCCUUGCGAGGUGGUCAUGGGCAUCUUCUCCAACAUUUGCUCCAUCUACUGCUUCCACCAGCAGUUCCUGCUACCGGCGCUGGAGAAACGCAUGGAGGAGUGGGACCUGAACCCCCGUAUCGGGGACAUCCUGCAGAAGCUGGCUCCCUUCUUGAAGAUGUACGGGGAGUACGUGAAGAACUUUGACCGAGCUAUGGAGCUGGUCAACACCUGGAUGGAGCGCUCCUCCCAGUUCAAGGCCAUCAUUCAUGACAUUCAGAAAGAAGAGAUGUGUGGGAACCUCACCCUACAGCACCACAUGCUGGAGCCAGUGCAGCGAAUCCCACGCUAUGAACUGCUGCUCAAGGAUUACCUGCACCGCUUACCAGAGGAUGCCGAUGACUUCAAGGAUGCUCAGAAAUCGCUGGAGUUGAUAGCAACAGCUGCAGAACACUCUAACGCAGCAAUCAGAAAGAUGGAGAGAAUGCACAAGCUGUUGAAGGUGUACGAGUUGCUGGGUGGCGAGGAGGACAUUGUUAACCCCACCAAUGAGCUUAUCAAGGAAGGGCACAUCCUCAAACUGUCAGCCAAGAACGGGACUUCCCAAGAUCGAUACCUCAUACUGUUCAACGACAGGUUGCUAUACUGUGUCCCCAAACUACGGCUGAUUGGUCAGAAAUUUGGAGUCAGAGCCAGGAUUGAUGUAGAUGGCAUGGAGCUGAAGGAGACCAGUAGUGUCAACAUGCCCAGGACAUUCCUUGUGUCAGGCAAACAGCGCUCUCUGGAGUUGCAGGCCAGGACUGAAGAGGAGAAGAAAGACUGGAUCCAGGCCAUCCAGGCCACCAUUCAGAGACACGAACAGACCCUGGAAACCUUCCGACUGCUCAACUGCUCUUCCAGAGAUGAGGAAUAUACCCCUCCCAACUCUCCAAACUGCACAGAGUUGGGGAAACGUGCCCCCACACCCAUCCGCGAGAAGGAGGUCACGCUGUGCAUGAAGUGUCAGGAACCGUUUAAUUCCAUCACUAAGAGGCGCCAUCACUGCAAGGCCUGCGGUCAUGUGGUGUGUGGGAAGUGCUCGGAGUUCCGGGCUCGUCUGUUGUACGACAACAACCGGGCCAACCGCGUGUGUGUGGACUGCUACACAACCUUGCAUGGGGUUGCCCCCUCCCCCGCUGGGCUGAGCCAGUCUACACACAGGCGCAGGUCCAUACUGGAGAAACAAGCCUCGGUGGUUGCGGAGAACAGUGUUCUCUGCAGCUUCCUACACCACAUGGAGAAGGGGAGUGGGCGUGGCUGGCAGAAAGCAUGGUUUGUCGUCCCGGAAAACGAGCCCCUGGUCCUGUACAUUUAUGGGGCACCACAGGAUGUUAAGGCUCAGAGGAGUGUCCCUCUAAUAGGGUUUGAAGUGUCUCUUCCAGAGACAUGUGACCGACUAGAGCGGCGCCAUGCUUUCAAGAUCAGCCAGAGUCACUUAACCUUGUACUUCAGUGCUGAAGGGGAGGAGCUACAGCGACGCUGGAUGGAAGUCCUGUCGAGAGCAGGCCGAGGGGAGGAGCUUCAAGCUCACGCUCCCAUCUCGGAGGCUGUAGAGGAAGAAGGGGAGGAGCCAGUAUCCGCAGGAGAAAAUACAUGACUGCUUCAGUAACAUCAGUCUCACACACACACUUACAUAAAUCCAUACACACACACACACACAGACACACACACGCACACACAGAGUCAGAAGUGCGCACAUGCAAAACGGUUGCAUACACAUUUUUAAUAUCAUCGGUCAGUUGCAUGUGAUGAGAAAAGGCUCAGUGUCCCCUAGUAUUAAUGUUCAUUUUCAAAAUUAGCUAGAAACAUACUUACCCUUUGGACAAUGAAAAAGGAAAUGUAUAGAAAUAUGAAACGGUGCAAAUGUUUUAAGGAAUUAACUCGCAUACGGUCCAUCGCUCUCCCUUUCGGUGGUUUAAAGGAAUGGUGGUUGUCUGAAUGUGGUGACUUUAACGUGGCAUGUGAACUUGAGGGCGCCCUCGUUUCCAGCUCCCCUCCGAGUGGCUGUUGGAUGCCGCUCGCCGCAUCCCUUCGCGAUGGGAAGCAACGUGUCGGAGGACGUGACGAGCGUACGAGGAGGACUGAGAACAUUCCCCGAGAAACGGCUACAGAUGCAAAAGGAGGCGGCCAAGCAGGAAUGGUCCUCGCUGCCGCUGCCAAGGCCAUACGCAGUUCUACUGCAGCACCUCCGCGUAUUCAAGAAUGUGUUUUAGACCGUUUGACGCAAACCGGCGCACGUCUGGUCGAGUACCGAACGGUCUGGUGAGGGAUCGCUCGUGAACUUUCCGCAGUCUUUCAAGAUCCGAAGUGUUUGUGUCUAAACUGUUCCAUCAAAGCAACAAAAAUGCUUUUGCUGGUCGUCGUCGUCGAAUUUUCCCGACCCUCGAAGAAAAAAAAAAAAAAAAAGUCUCCCCUCAUAAGUCAUACAGUUUUUGUGUAUCAUAUGCACUGACAUACUCUGUGGGAUUUUAUUCCGAACAUGAAUCGGUGGAAGUUUGUUCAAGGUUUUAGAAAAGCAGGUGUGUCGAAUCCUUUUCAUUUCCUCACGGAGACGCAUAUUUAGUAUUUCCUCACCAGCAUCAAAUACUGACCCCUGGGAUGCUUUUAUGUCUGUCGGGAAAUACUUAAUCACAUCCACUGUGGGAUAUGUUAAUCAGCAGUCGUAUCUUCUGUGUCCUCUAGUGGAAGAUUUUGGAUAUUGCACAAACGUACACCAAAGAGCAAACGUGUAUCUGCAGCUUGUCUUACAGGAAAUAUUAUUAUUUAUUGGUCUCUUUAUACUCCGCAACUGCAAUCUGUUGAAAUGGUAUGGCUUUAAAGAAAGUAAAGCAGCCAGUCUGUAGGUUGUCAACAGUAUGGGCACUUAUUGCAGUGUUUAUAAGGGAUAGUUUGUUUUGUUUUUUUUUUUUUUUUUUUUUUGGUGCACUUUCUAUGCAGAUCAGUUCUUUACUUAGUGAAAUCCUUUUCCUGCACAGUUCUUGUGGGUUCAAAUGAGUAAUAAAAGUUUAUGUUCACACAAUUUUGUACUUUUAGAUUAGUCUUGUAUGAUUUGAGAUGGCAGGUUAUUUCUCAUGGUUGAUUUUACCUGUUUUGCAUCGUGUGAACUCUAGUAUCUACACUUGCAGAGGAAAUCAAGUUGACUGUGUAAUGUGUUCAUCUUUAAAAGAGCUGUGUCCCAUACCGUGUCUCCUAAAUUAUUUUUUGUGCCGUCGACUGAAUCGAGGCACUACGUUCGUAAAAGCACUAGCUGGUUAGGAAGAAAAUAUUUGUGAUAUAUUUGCCUUUCAGUUCAGUUCUUCUCUGUUCAGUUGUACUUAAAUGGUUAUUAAAGUGACAUAGUCUGUUUUUACCGUGCUUUUGCAGUCUAGGUCCUGUAUUAAACACUGCUAAUAAGGCGUGAAAACAACACUUCUCAAAUUUUGCCAGAACUUAUACAGUAUGUAACGGAAUUAUU